GCACAUCCCGUGACUGGUGGUGGUGAAUAGAGUGGCGCGUGCACUUUCUCUCUCUCCUUGUCCGAAGUCCAAAGUACAAGCUCCAAAGUGAAACUCGCCCGUCUACGCUACCCCCUCAGUUCUUACCCUUUACUUCAGCUUCGCCUCCUUUCCAAGCUAAAAAGCUCUCCUCUGUUCCUCUCUCUCUCCACGUCGAGGAAUUAGCAACAAUGGCGAAGCCCUCGUCAUUAUUCCUCAUUCUCAUUUCCCUCUCUUCUCUCGCAUUCCUCUCCGAAUCUAGACUCUCCUACAACUAUUACGAUAAAUCCUGUCCAAGAUUCACUCAAAUCAUCCAAGAAACCAUUACCAACAAGCAAAUCACCAGCCCCACCACCGCCGCCGGCACUCUCCGUCUCUUCUUCCAUGACUGCCUCCUCAACGGCUGCGACGCCUCCAUACUCAUCUCCUCCACUCCCUUCAACUCUGCUGAGCGUGAUGCCGACAUCAACCUGUCCCUCCCUGGCGACGCCUUCGAUCUCGUCACUCGUGCUAAGACUGCCCUCGAGCUUUCUUGCCCCAACACUGUCUCCUGCGCUGAUAUACUCGCCGUCGCUACCCGUGAUCUUGUCACUAUGGUUGGUGGUCCUUACUACAAUGUGGUCCUCGGCCGCAAAGAUUAUCGCGUCUCCAAGUCCUCUUAUGUGGAAGGAAAUCUGCCGAGACCUACCAUGCCUAUGUCGAACGUUAUUAACAUCUUUGCUUCUAAAGGUUUCAGUGUUCAAGAAAUGGUGGCAUUGAGUGGCGCACACACUAUAGGCUUCUCUCAUUGUAAGGAGUUCUCUAGUUACAUUUACAAUGAUACUCAUUACAACCCAAGAUUUGCCCAGGACCUGCAAAAGGCCUGUGCAGAUUAUCCCAAGAAUCCAACUUUGUCAGUAUUUAAUGAUAUAAUGACCCCAAACAAGUUCGACAACAUGUAUUUCCAGAAUUUGCCUAAAGGGUUGGGGCUAUUAGAGUCAGAUCAUGGGUUGUAUAACGAUCUAAGGGCCAGGCCUUAUGUGGAGAUGUACGCCAAGGAUCAGAACAAGUUCUUUCAGGACUUUGCUAGAGCAAUGGAGAAGCUUAGUGUUUAUGGAGUCAAGACUGGAAGGAGAGGUGAGAUUAGGCGCAGGUGUGAUGCUAUCAAUUGAAAAUUUGAAAUUUCUUUUUUUUUUUUUUUCUCAAAUUGUUUGUGAUUGAGGGCAGAGAAGAGGAGAAGUAAAGAGACUAUGGGUGAUGAUGAUGGGAGAUAUUGGUGUUUUUUUUUUUUAAUUAAUUCUUUGGGUUGUGUGGAUCUGAAGAUGACAUGCAUGUGUACAAUCUUUGCCUGGACCAGUCAUGAUAUGAAGCUUAAAUUAUACAAUGUUUGUUUA